GUGACGCCUUCGUGUGUGCAGGUGAGCGGCAGCGGAGGAAGACAGACCUACCAGAGCGGAGUGUCCAAAAAUAAUAAUGACUUUAAUACAACUUGUACACUAAUGUGAGCUGAGGGGACAUAAAAUCCACCAUGGUGAAUUUAGGAGUAUGCUGCGCCAACCUCAAGGACAACAAAGCCCUGAUGAAAAUGGGGCUGGGGUUGGUGCUGGUGGGCCAUGUCAACUUUCUUCUUGGAGCGCUGGUGCACGGCGCCGUGCUCAGGCACAUCAACGUGCACACUUUGGCCCGUACCAUGGUGUACGCCAUCUCUAAUGUCAUUGCUAUUGUGGCAGGCUUGUUGGGAAUUAUCUCUGGAAUAACUGCCAUUGUCCUGUCCAAAAACAAGAGGAACAGGAUCUUGCAGUGGGUCUUGCUGGUCUUCAGCUUCGUGGCAGGUCUCUUGGCGAUCGCCUCCACCCUGAGCUUGUCAGUGUCCAUGGUGAAAGCCAUUGCUAACAAAGGGCAAGGCCUGCUAACACACUGCAAGUCUUUCCCUAAAGAUGUCGGCUCCUCCAGCAUCACGUAUGAAUGCCCUUUUGACCCCACCCGCAUCUAUGGGACCACGAUCAUUCUGUGGAUACCUCUCAUCUUAAUGUCCGUGUUGGAAACAGUGUUCUCUCUCCGCUGCUUUGCUGCCUGUACUUCAUUCCUUUACCUGUGUCCGUGCAGGAAGAGGCCAGUCCGGGCCAAGAGGGUACGUAUCCAGAGAGCUGUUGAAAUCCCACCAUCUCCUCCAGCACAAGAUCUAGAGAGCGAUGCGGGAGCUGAGCCUGCAGAGCAGGAGGACCUGCUGGACAAUGCUGUGGCACAGAGUGAAUGGCUCUGAACCAGCUAAACCUAAUGAGAUAGGUUGCAAACCGCUUGGCUUAACUUGAUGAAAUGCAACACCAUCUUGUUGCAUUGAGUGUCUGUUACACAUUAAAUGUCUGAAGAAGACAUCUGUGGGACUUGAGUCAGAAAAAAAAACAUGUAAUUUUAUUUCCUUUCAUAUAAAUAUACAAGUUCUUAAAUACUGACAUUGGUUUGACUUUGAAUGAUCAGACUGUGUGUGUGUACCAAGUAUUGUCUUGUAAUUACAGAGCACUGUCACCUGUAUCUUGACAUUAAAAUGUUUUUUUUAAAA